UCUUUCGAUAUGAUUACUUGUAAGAUCAAUAUCAAUUGCUUGAGUGUAUUCAAUAAUAUAAUCACUUGCACUAAGACUUCAAGGUAAGUGUGCAACAGAGAUAACAGAGAUACAGAACGAAUUUAAAACGUAAACGGGCACAGUCAUGUCAAAAUAUAGUUUCAUGAUACCUAUGUGUGAUACACAUCACAAUGACGUUGCACAAGCUCUCUGCCGUAACCACAAGAAAUUACUUUGUCUAAGUUGUCUCGUGGAGAGGGAGAAACCACAAGAGUGUUCGGUCACUGAACUCGGAAAGAUUUUAGAAGAGAAGGAUACGCUUUUGCUAAAAUGUCUCUCCGUGAGACAAAUAGCUACAAAGAAGGAACGACUAUUUAAAGAACACGACGACAAGACUGCGGCACUUAAAGCUAAAUUGGAAAAUGAGAUUAUUGAAGUAUACGAAAAGCUAACAAAGCGCCUCGACGAAAUGAAAACCAAUUGUCUGAAGUCAGUUGAUAGAAAUGCUAAAAAUAUCACAGCAGGAAGUAUAAACUACAAACAAAAACUUGUUGCAGUUAAAACAACAGUCAAUGAACACAUUAACAAGCUGUCAACUGAAUCAGUUGAUGACGUAUCUAAUGUUCAUAUGGAAUUAGAUGUGAUAAAAAAUGCAGUUAUGACAACUAUAAUAGAUAAAGACACCAUACCAGAGGGAAAUUUCAAACUUGAUAAUCGUCUAGGCGAAUUAAUGUUGCAGUCAAGUGGUUCCCUCGGAAACAUAUAUAUGGAAGAUCCUGAACUAUAUGAAACAAUAGAUGAAGAAUAUAUAAAUCCAUUGUACGCAACAUCAGAUGAAAUAGUGUAUGAUAAGGACGACAAACCAAAUAUAACGCCAACAGAAAGAAUGCCCGACAAAAAGCUUGACAGAAUAUCAAAUUGGGUUUCUGCGGAUAAAAAGAAAACGGACCAGGAUGGCGGUCUAGAGAGGGGCUGGUCUCUGAUACGAAGGCUGUUCAAGGGAAAACCUCAGUUGUAAAGAAAAAGUUUUUUUUUUCUAUUUCAGGUAAAACGGGAAUAGAAAAUCUGUAUAAGGAGGAAAUAUAAUUUACGUGUAAACUUACGCAUGACCAUAAUAUCCGAUAAAAAAUAAAACAACGAAGCUAAGGAAUGUACAAUGAAGUUACAACAUAUACGGUUUAAUAAAGCUAACAUGUUUGCGUUGAUGUUCAAGAAGAACUUGUCUUUAUAAUCAUAAGUAAGAAAUGCUGAAAACCCUUUCAUUUGAAUUCUUAAUAAUAAAGGAUCGUGAUAAAUGAAGGAUAUACAUGGAUUUAUUUUCAGUAAAUUGAAAUAACAUUUGUCGCUGUAACUCCCAUUAUCACGUAAAUAUGAAAACUACGAUCAUAGUUUUGUCUUGUUUGCUGGUAAAUCUGUAUAGGUGAGAGCAAAUACAACCAAAACAAUAUUUUCGUGGUGGAUGAGGGCGUAGGACACUUGUUUGGGCUUUAAAACCAGUUUAUGUGAAUGUCAAACCUUAGAGAUAAAUGGUCUUUUAAAACGAAAAAAAAAACAAAAAAAAAACAGUUCUAUUCUGGUCCCAAAAUACGUUUGCUUAAGAAAAGUAAAAACUUAAGC